CGUGGAAGAAAAAUAGAAUUUCACGGGCGCCGAAAUCAAACCCGGGUUCCGAACGUUCGAAAACCUAGAGCGUUAACCACUUCGCUACCAUGUCCGUUGUUUAGUUAGUGUCGUGUAGCGGUAUUUGUUAUCGAAUGCCGCUACAGUAGCAUAGAAUUAAAUAGAUUCUUAUAUAUGCCAACGUUGAACACCUAGAUAAAAUUUUUAUAUUUUCGUUGAUUCUCAAUUUAUAAAUAUCUUCCCAAUAUAUUUCCAUUUGUUCUUGUUUAUUUCAUUAGUAUCACGAUUAUUUUUUAUAACUUUCGUUUCAUAUCAUUAAAAAAAUAAUAUAGCAUGUCAUACUAUGUUAUUACAUAGUUCAUAGUCACGUGAUACUUCGCAAUUUGAAACAGUUUCGGUUAAACUUCUUGUCAAUAAGUGAUUCAAUUGUAGGAUUAAUAAAGUUUACAGAAAUUCAAAUGGAGGAAAGCUUGAGUCAGUGGCGAGACUCGCCUGGUGUUACAAAGAAAACGAGAUCUUAUGUUAUUUCCGAUAGCGACGAAGACAGUGAGAAUACCGAGAAAGAACAGAUUUUUGUAAUUGAAAGUAGUGAAGCUAGCGUAAACUCAUUAGCGGAAGAAGAUUCUUCAUCCGAAGAAUUAUUGUUAAAAGAGGAAGGAAUUAGACGUAGAAUUAAAAAGCAUAUCCUUCAUUAUUCUGACAGUGAAGAUAUCAGUGAUCAUAAUGAAAAUGAUUCUGUUUCAAUCAGUAGUAGUGAAGAACAUAAUACUGAUGACAAUACAUCAAAUGAUGAGAUUGAAAAAAUGAUGGAGAACAAUGACAAAAUAUUAAUGGAAGAAGGAUUGAAAGAUGUUCCAAGGAAAACCCAAGAUGAUUUGGAAACUAAUGCUUCUAAUAUAUCUAAAAAUAUAUCCAGCAAUAAUAAUUUGAUGAAAGAACAUGUUUCUAAAAAAAGAGAAAAAUGUGAAGAAUCAUAUUUUUCAUCUGAUUCAGAAUCACAUACAGAUGAAGAAAGUAGUUCACAGUUUGAAACUGCAAUAUCUUUAGCAAAACAGGAAAUAGGUGUUAAUAAUAUAGAUCCAGUGAUAGCACAAAAAAGAGCUCUGCUUGUUUGUAAAAUGGAACAGUUACAAAAUGAGUUGAGUAAGACAAAGUUAUUGCUUACUGCCGGUAAUAUCGAUUUAUUGCCAGAUAAAGGAAAAAGAUUACAUGAAAGUAUUGUAAUGCAAGAAAGAGAAAUAGAAGCAAUUGCAGCUGAAUUAGAAAAAACACCUUUGACACAAAAGCAAGAAAUGUCAUUUAUCGAAGGAGAAAAGAAGAAGAAAAAGUCAUAUUCUGAAAAAUUUAAUUCGUAUUACGAUUCAUGUAGUAUACCAUCGAAAUUAAAGUCAUCCGCAGAAACUGGAGAACUUGGGAAACAAGCUCAAGCAACGUUAGACAGAGAACGAUCCUUGACGGUUGAUAGGUUGCAAGAUUUACAUGGAUCUCUUGUAGCUAGACCGACCGAGGAAGACAAAGCGGAAGAUCCACAAGGCUUAAAAGUAAAAUUAAUGCCUCAUCAACAGCACGCAUUGGCAUGGUUAAUGUGGAGAGAGCAACAGAGGCCUCCUGGCGGUGUCCUCGCUGAUGAUAUGGGUUUAGGUAAAACUUUAACAAUGAUAUCUCUGAUUAUAGCCAGUAUUGCUAAAGGAAAAUUAGAACAAUCGAAUUCCGAGGAAUGGAUGCAUUGUGAUCCAACAAUGGUACAGCGUUGUAAAGGGGGUACACUCGUAGUUUGUCCUGCCUCCUUGUUAUCGCAAUGGGAAAAUGAAAUAGAUCGUAGAUGUAAACGUGGUAUGCUCUCUGUUAAAGUUUAUCAUGGUACAAAUCGGGAAAAUGUACCAAAAAGAUUAGCAAAACACGAUGUUGUUAUUACAACGUAUAAUAUCUUACUCCGUGAAUUUAAGAGUAACUCUAUGGCCUAUAAAAUUCAUUGGGAACGCAUUAUAUUGGACGAAGCGCAUGUAAUCCGGAAUCAUAAAAGUCAAGCUUCUCAGUCUGUGUGCGGUUUAGUAGCGAAUAAACGAUGGGCUCUUACUGGUACACCCAUCCAAAACAAGGAAAUGGAUUUAUAUCCUAUUCUAAAGUUUCUCAAGUGUACUCCUUUCGAUGAUUUACGAGUAUGGAAACGUUGGGUAGAUAAUAAGUCAACCGCUGGUCGUCAACGAUUGGCAACUGUGAUGAAAACGUUAAUGUUACGUAGAACAAAACAAGAACUUCAAGCAAAUGGCAUGUUAGAAAAUCUUCCAGAAAAAUUUGUAGAGGAGAUACUUAUAAAGCUAGAUCCAGAGGAACAGUUGGUAUAUGAAAAAGUGUUAAUAUAUUCUCGUACAUUGUUUGCUCAAUUUUUGGCUCAAAGAGCUGAUAAGGAUCAUAUGGUUGAUUUAGCUGCUGGAAAAUAUGAUAAACCAACGUUUCUUUCGAAUCCAAAUAAAAAUACUCAGUUUACGAAGGCGCAAAACAAGUUAUUAUCAUUACAUGCUGAUGUCAAAACGCAUGAAAUUUUGGUUCUUUUACUAAGAUUACGUCAAAUUUGUGUUCACCCGUCACUUAUUCAUUCGAUGCUAGAUGAAGAAGAUAUAGAAGAUAGCGAUAUAAGGGAAAAGGACAAUGCCAAUUCAGAUUUAUUAUCACAAAUUAAGAAUAUAACAUUAGAAGAAUUAGAAAAUAACGAGGAGGAGACAAACGAAAAAGAGAUUGGCAUUGAUCGCAGAGUAGCUAGUAAUUUACUUACGUCUAAAAAUCCUGUGUUUAAGUGCGAUCGCGUGAGCUCAAAAAUAAGGAAGGUGCUUGAUACAGUUAUAGAAAUUUUACAAAAAAAUGACAAAAUAAUUAUCGUUUCUCAAUGGACGAGUACGUUGAAUAUUAUUGCAUCUUGUUUGUCCUCGAUAAAAGGCGCUAGUUUUAAUAUGUUCACAGGCAAUGUGCCGAUUAAGGAAAGACAGGGCAUAAUGGAUUCAUUUAACGCUCCGAACAAUGACCCGAAAAUAUUAUUGCUUUCGCUUACCGCUGGAGGGGUUGGAUUAAAUUUGGUAGGUGGAAAUCAUUUGCUGUUAAUAGAUAUUCAUUGGAAUCCGCAAUUAGAAGUGCAAGCUCAAGAUAGAAUCUACCGUUUCGGACAGAAAAAAGAUGUCUUCAUAUACAAAUUUAUCUGUCGGGAUACGAUAGAAGAGCGUAUAAAAAAUUUGCAAGAAAGGAAGAUUGAAAUAGCUCAGAAUGUUCUCAGCGGUGAUAAGAACUCUGCUGUUUCGAAACUUACGCUUAACGAUCUCAAAUCUCUCUUUGGCCUUUAAAAUAUAAACUUUUUAUAUAAUUUUAUUUUUUAAUAGACUCGAUUGUAAUAUAAAGAACGCUUGUUUUUAGAUAUCUUUACCUUUCUCUUAUCUUUAAGGCAUUGAAUCAUCUUAACGCAAUAUUAAAUCAUUUACAAAUUAAGUAAUCUUGGGUAUAUACAAAACUUUUAUUAUGAAAAUAAAAUACAGGAAAUAGUGUAUUAUUGAAGUCUGGCAAAAUUGUUGGUUUCCCAUGUUGCUCCGUUAUCACAACUGUUUUCAGGUAAUUUCUUGCAUUUAUCUUUCCUCAUUUUACUAUGCCAAACACCAUAACAGAAAUAUAUUCCAAGUCCUGCAAGGUACAAAAGAAUCAUAUCUCCGAUCAUUUAAUUUAAACGUAAUCGAUUAUUUUGAUGUAAUCUACUUACCAACUAUCAUCCAUAUUAAAAAUCUCACCCAAGUCAUUUUGUCUAACAUCAUCAUAAGAUAUAUAUUAAUAAGAAUACUGAAAGCAGGUAAAAAUGGCACUAACGGAACC